CCAAAAUAUUUAUUAAACAACAAACAACCAAUUUAUAUAUCAACAAUAUUUUAACAAAUUCCAGAUGUUCCCUAUUUUGGCCCCAAAAGCCCGCAGACCAAGUGAAAUUGAAGAACAACAACAAUCUGAUAAUGCUUCAAAGUCUUUACCUAAUGAAACAACCUCUUCUGCUGCUGAACGUUAUUUUCAAGCACCAGAACUUCCAAAAUUACGGGCUAUUGUUUUUGCUGAAUUUGAUAAUGAUAUUGGACGUGUUCUUAGAUUUCAGAUUCCUUGUCAAGUUUUUGAUAAACAAAGGUUUGAGUCUAUUUCUUCUGCGAUCAUUCCAUCCGAGGAGAUGCGUGACAGAAUGAUUACUGUAAAUAUGUUUGAAAAUAAAAUUAUUGGAUACCCAAUUGGAAUGAAGGACAAAAGAUAUCCUCGUGAAAUUCUUAUUUUCAACAUGUGCUUUGUUAUUUCUAGACAAGUUGAAUGUGAUUGGAUAUAUGAACCUUUGGUACAAAAAUGUGCUGAAUAUUUGGUUGAAUUAGAAAAAAAUAAUUUUACAGGAGAAUGUUUCUAUACAGUAACAGAAAGGACAACAAUUUAUUUAAAAUUAUUUUCAAAUUCUCGUGGAGUAGAACCUCCAUUAGUCAGCCCAUUUUCUGUGCCUAUAUUUACUAGAAUUCCCCCUCCUACCUCGCAAUCACAACUUGAAAGAAUGGAUGUACUUUCUCAAAAAAUUUGCCCUCAAAUAGACGGAAUUCGUUGUGUUAAAGAUAUUGCUUGUGUUGUUAGAAUUGACACUGAUCUAGUUGCUCGUUGUAUUCGAAAUUUAUGUUUUUAUGGAUGUAUUCGUUUACUACCAAUGUUUUUAUAUUUUAAUUGUUAUGUUCCAACUAAAAAGAUUAGAUAUUUUAUUGAAAGUCCGGGAAUUGUUGAGCGUUGCCAACGUUUUUCUAUUCUCGAUUCAAAUGCACCAAUUACUAGACCCUCAGAUAUUUUUAGACUUUAUUUGGGACUUAAACAUGGAGCUACUUUACAUAAUUGGUUUUUAUUAAUGUCUCCAAGGCAAUUAAAUAUUGAUGAAAGAAAAUUAAUUCAAUUUGGGGUUUAUCAUGGAUUUAUACGAAAAUUAAAUAUAUAUCCUGUUGCAUUACAUGAGGAUGGAACUAAGUAA